GAUUUUACCAUUUUCUCCUUCUCUAUAUAAAAUCCCAUUCCCAUUUCUCAACUUCCAGUGUUCAGUUUCCCGUUAAUCCCACCACCGCCGGAUUCCCAUCCCUCACUCUCCGUUCAGGUUCCUUUGGCGGUCACCAUGGCUACUGGACAAAUAUUUUCUCGUACGACCCAAGCACUGUUCUAUAACUACAAGCAACUACCCAUCCAGCGUAUGCUUGACUUUGACUUCCUUUGCGGUAGGGAAACACCAUCAGUUGCGGGAAUAAUCAAUCCAGGUGCUGAAGGAUUUCAGAAACUCUUUUUUGGUCAAGAGGAAAUUGCCAUCCCUGUGCAUUCUACGAUUGAAGCAGCUUGUGCAGCACAUCCCACAGCCGAUGUCUUCAUCAACUUUGCAUCCUUCAGAAGUGCUGCUGCAUCAUCAUUGUCUGCCUUGAAACAGCCUACCAUCAGAGUUAUAGCUAUCAUAGCUGAAGGUGUUCCAGAGUCGGACACCAAACAGUUGAUUGCAUAUGCACGGGCUAACAAUAAGGUUGUUAUAGGACCAGCUACUGUUGGUGGUAUUCAAGCUGGAGCAUUUAAGAUCGGUGACACUGCUGGAACAAUUGACAAUAUAGUACAGUGCAAGCUAUACAGGCCUGGAUCUGUGGGCUUCGUCUCCAAAUCAGGUGGAAUGUCUAAUGAGAUGUACAACACUAUUGCCCGUGUUACAGAUGGAAUUUACGAAGGUAUUGCAAUUGGAGGUGAUGUGUUUCCAGGUUCCACUCUUUCAGACCAUAUUUUGCGGUUUAACAACAUCCCACAGGUUAAGAUGAUGGUUGUACUGGGAGAACUUGGUGGCAGGGAUGAGUAUUCUUUAGUUGAAGCCAUGAAACAAGGAAAAGUUAACAAGCCAGUGGUUGCCUGGGUUAGCGGUACUUGCGCGACAUUGUUUAAAUCUGAAGUUCAAUUUGGGCAUGCUGGAGCAAAAAGUGGUGGUGAGUUGGAGUCUGCACAAGCCAAAAACCAAGCUUUAAGGGAUGCUGGAGCAAUCGUUCCAACUUCAUAUGAAGCCCUUGAAGAUGCAAUUAAGGAAACAUUUGCAAAAUUGGUGGAAGAGGGUAAAAUUACUCCAGUAAAGGAAGUGAAGCCUCCACAAAUUCCUGAGGAUCUUAACUCAGCAAUUAAGAGUGGGAAAGUUCGGGCACCAACCCACAUUAUUUCCACCAUUUCUGAUGACAGAGGUGAGGAGCCCAGCUAUGCUGGAAUUCCAAUGUCUUCCAUUGUGGAGCAAGGUUAUGGUGUUGGGGAUGUUAUCUCACUAUUAUGGUUCAAACGCAGCCUUCCUCGAUACUGUACACAUUUUAUUGAGAUAUGCAUCAUGCUCUGUGCUGACCAUGGUCCUUGUGUAUCCGGAGCACACAACACCAUAGUAACAGCUAGGGCUGGAAAAGACCUCGUGUCCAGCCUUGUCUCAGGUUUGCUUACAAUUGGCCCUCGAUUUGGUGGUGCCAUUGACGAUGCUGCUCGGUAUUUUAAGGAUGCAUAUGACAGAAACCUUACACCUUACGAAUUUGUCGAAAGCAUGAAAAAGAAAGGGAUUCGUGUGCCUGGAAUUGGCCACAGGAUCAAGAGAGGCGACAACCGAGAUAAGAGAGUGGAGCUACUGCAGCGGUUUGCUCGAACGCAUUUCCCCUCUGUGAAGUACAUGGAAUAUGCUGUGCAAGUUGAAACUUACACUCUCUCAAAGGCAAACAACUUGGUUCUUAAUGUAGAUGGUGCAAUUGGAUCCCUUUUCUUGGAUCUUCUUGCUGGUAGUGGAAUGUUCAGCAAACAAGAGAUCGAUGAGAUUGUCGAGAUCGGCUAUUUGAACGGUCUGUUCGUGCUGGCUCGAUCUAUUGGUCUGAUCGGACACACCUUUGAUCAGAAGAGACUUAAACAACCACUUUACCGUCAUCCUUGGGAAGAUGUUCUCUACACCAAAUGAUGAUCAAAUCACAAAUAGCAAGAGUUACAAAAUAUCAAUCUCAAGUAGUAUGUUUCUUUGCAAUAUUAUAUUUAUAUUAUUGGUGCUUCUAUGAUUUGGUGGAAUGUCUCUUUUUCUUCUUACCUUUCCCUCUCCCUUUAGACCCAACUGUUUGUAAGGCCUUAGUUACUUCAUAUUUCUUUCAGGUUGUCUAGUUCAUAAAAGGAAGAAUUGUAGUUCAUUUUUGAAAUAAACCCAAAAAGAAAAAAAAAAAAAAAAAUGUCAUCAAUUACUAUCUUUAUGUAAAAUUAUGUCUUCAUUUGACCACUACAAGAAACGGAAAUUCUGUUCUUUA